AUGGCGGAGAAGGAAGAGCAACUACAACAAAAACAGCCUCCGACGUUAAAAUCAUCCACCGCAGCUUCACGGCCAACGAUUUCACUUCCUCCACGGCCGUUUGGGGAAAUGUUUUUUAGCGGCGGCGUUGGGUUUAGUCCCGGUCCUAUGACUCUCGUCUCCAAUAUGUUCUCUGAUCCCGAUGAAUUCAAAUCCUUCUCUCAGCUUCUAGCCGGAGCUAUGGCUUCUCCGGCGGCUGCUGUUGCUGCUGCUGCCGUCGUCGCUACUGCUCAUCAAACAUCUGUGAGCUCCGUCGGUGGCGGUGGAGAUGUUCUUGACCCGGGGUUCAAACAAAAUAGACCGACGGGAUUGAUGAUUACGCAGCCUCCGGCGAUGUUCACCGUGCCGCCGGGAUUAAGCCCCGCGACUCUUCUGGAUUCUCCGAGCUUCUUUGGUCUUUUCUCACCCAUUCAGGGAACAUUUGGUAUGACACACCAACAAGCUUUAGCACAAGUCACUGCACAAGCAGUCCAAGGCAACAAUAAUGUUGUCCAUAUGCAACCACAAACCGAAUAUCUUUCCUCUACACACCAACAACAAGCUUCAGUGACUGAGCUUCCAUCGUAUUCUUCCGGACCUCGGUCCCAGAUGCCAGCUCCGGUUCAAGAUUCAUCCCAAUCUCAGCGAGAAACCUCUGAUAUAUGCGUCUUUGAGCAUCGGUCACAGCCUCAGAACGCUGACAAACCAGCUGAUGAUGGAUACAACUGGCGGAAAUACGGCCAGAAGCAAGUGAAAGGGAGCGAUUUCCCUCGGAGUUAUUACAAAUGCACGCAUCCCUCGUGUCCUGUCAAGAAGAAAGUGGAGAGGUCUCCCGAUGGACAAGUGACUGAGAUCAUCUACAAGGGUCAGCACAGUCACGAACUUCCUCAAAACAAUAAGCGUGGAGGAAACCAUAACAAAAGUUGUGAUAUUGCAACUCAGUUUCAUCAAACCAGUAAUAGCAAGACCAAGAGAGACCAGGAAACAAGCCAGGUUACUACAACUACAGAUCAGAUGUCUGAAGCAAGUGACAGCGAGGAGGUCGGUAAUGCAGAAACUAGUACGAGAGGAAAACAAGAAGAUGAGCCUGAUCCCAAGAGAAGAAACACAGAAGUCCGGGUUACAGAACCAGCUUCUUCAUCGCAUAGGACGGUGACAGAGCCUAGAAUUAUUGUCCAGACGACGAGUGAAGUUGAUCUCUUAGAUGAUGGAUAUAGAUGGCGCAAGUAUGGUCAGAAAGUAGUCAAAGGAAAUCUUAAUCCGAGGAGCUACUAUAAGUGUACAACACCUGCUUGCGGAGUGAGGAAACAUGUAGAGAGAGCAGCAAAUGACUCGAAAGCUGUUGUAACCACAUACGAAGGGAAACAUAACCAUGACGUUCCAGCUGCUAGAACCAGUAGCCAUCAGUUGAGACCAAACAAUCUACACAACAACGCCUCGGCUAACUUGAAUCACCAACAGCCCGUUGCUCGUUUAAGGCUUAAAGAAGAGCAAAUCAGUUGA